GGUGGAAUAGGUGGAGCAAUGUGACUGUAUGGGGGGCGGCUUUCAAGAGCAGCAGGGACCCCCCAGGGGUGCGGUCAAGAGCAGGGGGGAACGUGACUAUACCCUGUGGCAUGGCUGUCUUGCUGGACGUUGCGAAUGUGACUCUCGACACUCUGCAUGUACACGGAUGGUUGAAGCUUCUAGACGACAAGUCAAGACUGCCGCGAAUCGAGGUUCGCGCCAACUUCAUUAUAGUCACCGGGCGGCUGACGGUGGGGGAAAAGGACAAGCAGUUUGCCGCCCAGGCACUUUUCACGCUCACGCCCAACAGCGGGCGGCAGAGGAGAGAGUACGCCUUCACGCUCUACCCCCCGGCCGAACCCGCCUUUCCCAGGCCUCUGGGCCACAAGGUGUUUGCCGUGGUGGGAGGGCAGGUGGACCUACACGGCCUCCCAGGCCCGCCCUCCAUGCCGGUGUGGGUGCGCUUGAAUAAGACGGCGAUCGCCGGCCAGACGGAGAUCGUGGUGGAAGCUGACGUCAGCACGUGGCCGGUGGGCGGCGAGAUUGCGAUUGCGUCUACGAGUGCUAAGAUGGAUGAGGCCGAAAAAGCAGUGAUUGCAGGAGUUUCGCCCCACCACCAGGGCUACCGCAUAUCCCUCACAGCCCCAUUGAAGCAUUCCCAUGGCGGCAAUCCCAAGGCCGUGUCGGAUGGGUUUGGAGGGGCGGUGGACGUGAGAGGGGAGGUGGCGCUGCUGCACCGGAACAUCGUGAUCUACGGGGUCCAUGAGACGGGGAAAUACGAGCUGGAAGGAGGUCACUUCAUGGUCUUCAUGACCCAGACCCCUCAAUUCAUCGAAGGAGUUCAGCUUUCUUACAUGGGGCAGCAGGGCGUGCUGGGGCGGUACCCGCUGCACUUUCACGUGUGUGGGGAGGCGAAUCAGAGCCACGUCGUGCGCAAAAAUGCAAUCGUGUAUAGCAAGCAGCGCUGUGUGGUCAUCCACGCCACGAGCAACAUGACGAUUGAAGACACGGUGACAUAUGAGAGCAAGGGGCACUGCUUCCUGGUGGAGGAAGGGUCGGAGAACAAUAAUGUAUUCAAGAGGAACCUUGGUAUCAGCGUGCGGAAAGUGAAGGUGGUUAUCCCCUCUAAAGAGUCAUAUGAUAAGCACACGGACGACAAGCCGAGCACGUUUUGGAUGGCCAACCCCAACAACGACUACAUUGAUAACGUGGCUGCUGGCUCAGAAGACUCGGGGUACUGGACGGAGCUUAAGGAGGGGAUGAGGGGUCUAUCCCAGCUCCUACCCAACGCCCGCAACAUGCACCCUAUUGAAACCAAGUUCGGCACUUACUCGGGAAAUGUGGCGCAUUCAGCCAAGUUUGGGUUCCGCUCCUACCCCCAUGGCAUGUUCCCCUAUGCGCCUGGUGCUAGGGUGACCCUAUCCAAUUUCCUCAUCUACCGCAAUGAAGUUGGCAUGUUUCUGCACAUCACUCGUCUCAUGACCAUCCAAUCGUCUGUAUUCAUCGACAAUGGUCUCUCCAUACAUAUCAAGACAGACACGGGUAUCGUUGUGGAUCGGUGCCGGUUCAUCGGCCGCACCCAAGCCUGUCCAGGUGGAGGGAGCAGAGCCAAGGCAGCUUCACUCACAGCAGCAGCACAAGCAGCAGCGACACCAGCACAACUACCAGCCAUGGGUUCUGACUUUCACACACCUGACUUUGGCCCUACAACGGACUGGCAAGCCCCAGGCUUGGUGGGAACGGGCCUAGAAGACAGGCUCGGCAACGCUGCUGCCAGUUCUUCCAAGCCUACCAGGGCUGUUGCCAAGCCUGCAGGUCUGGGUUUUGCGGCAGAGGCUUGGGAGGAGCCGGGAGGGGGAGUGAGAGGGCAUAGCGAGGGGGAAAAUAUAGGGAGUGAGGAGGGGGAGGCAGGAGAAUCUGAGCCGUUAGAUUGGGUGUCACUGCCUGUGGACCGUUCAUUGGGUCUGUCUUUGUUUGAUCCACAUCCAACGGUCGGCACCGUUGAUCCUAACCCAACGGACGGCACAGAUCAAAGCAGCUUUUGGAGCAGUGGUGGUGGCAGCAGCAGCGACAGCAGGGAUGGGGGAGGGGGGCGAGGAGGGGGGCGGGGAGGGGGGCGGGGAGGGGGGAGGAAAGGGGGAAGGAAAGUGGGGAGGAAAUCGGAGAGGACUGGGAUGAGGAGCAGCAGGGGAAGUUUGGGGAGAGUGAGGCAAGGACGGAAGGGGAGAAUGCUGCUGGGAUGGGGGUCCUGGCGGAAGGAAGGGGGAAGGAAACUGGAAGAGAUAGAGGAAAGAACAGUGCCUGCUGCGCAUAGGUUGGGUUAUGAGAAGCAGCAUGUGGGUAGCAGGCUGCUUAUGGGUGAUCAGCAACACGUGGGACACAGGCAUCAUGUGGCGAAGCAUAUGCACCGGCAGAUGCAUCAUGUGGGUAGCAGCAUGCUUAUGGGUGAUCCACAGCAUGUGGGGCACAGGCUGCUUAUGGGUGAUCAGCAGCACGUGGGACACAGGCAUCAUGUGGCGAAGCAUAUGCACCAGCAGAUGCAGACACAGAAGCAUCAGCCGGAGUGGACGCAUUGGGGAAAUCACAGGCAGCAGCGUUGGAAUGUCAAGGAGGUGUAUGGGUUUCCUCGGGGGAGGGAAUCAGGAAGUGGUUCUCGCCCUUUGACACCCCCCUUCGCCUUCUCGUCAGAGCUGCGGGGACGUGCAGAGCUGCCAGCCCCGCUAUACCUCCCCUUGUUCUCGUCCUUUGGCACGUGCAGAGCUGCCAGCCCCGCUAUAAUGCUCACUCAUGAGCCCACCCACCCCUUCCUGUUCUCGUCCUUUGGCACGUGCAGAGCUGCCAGCCCCGCUAUAAUGCUCACCACUAACCCGUAUGGUGGAUUUUGGACUCCCUCCACUGCUGUCGAGGGCCUUCGCUUUGCCAAUGACACUAACAGGCUCUGGGCCUCGCCCAACCCGGCCUCUGGCUACAUUCGAUCCGGUGCACAACUCGCCAACUUCUAUGCCCUCUGGGACCUCGAUGGAUCUCUGCUAGGAAGCAGCACUGCCACCACAAGUAACACCAGAAGCAGCAAUUUUAGCAGCAUCACCGACGCUACUACUAGACCAGCUUCAACUGCCGCUGGUUUCGGCUUCGCAGUUGCUCUGUUCGACCCUAUUCUCCCGCCUCUCUCCCUCCGCUCCUCCCCCUCCUUUGCCUGCUCCUACCAACCCUCCUGGUCCGCCCAUACCUGCACCGGACCUGCCGCCUGCUUCCGAUCCUUCGCUCUUUUCUACAACGAAUCAGUCACCAAGGAUCAGACCGCGAAUCUAGGAAAGGACAAGAAUCGCCGCCCCUACAGCUAUGUUACGUUCAUGCGGUUACAGGAUAACGCGACGUUCGUCUCGGUGGGAUCGGAUAACGAUUACGAUGACGAUUUCCCCAAGCGGUACGGCGCGUCUCGGCCGCUUCUGCGGCAGGUCACUGCGACGCUAUUGGCCGGGUUCUCGUACCGGGUGACGAUCCAACGGUCGGAAAUAGGCCCUGCAUUCUUCUACCCUUCAUCCGUGCAGCUGAUGAUGCUGGAUGUGGGGGGGUGCACGGGAGGGCUGACUGUUAUAAUGGAUACUCCGCCAAACUCCCCGGAUAAGCAAUGGAGCGUGGUGUCUAAUAACCCUGAAGCGCCUUGUCCUGGAACCCCAGUGAACCAGUCGAUAGCUUAUCGACGUUCUGCAUGCAUCAACAGGAAGCCGAUGCUGGCCUUUGACAUAGGCAGCACAGCGAUUCGAUCUAUAGCGAGGAUAGAACUCACUAAGAGCACCAGCGGCAGUACAUCUUGCACCACGGCCAGGUGA